CUGGCGCAGUCUGGCGCUGGUCCCGGAGGAGCGUGCGGCGACCGCGCGCGGCGUACAGGCUCCCAGCGCCGCCGGCUGGGAGAGCGUCAAGAGCGCAACCGAUAGCGUAAAGCGGAGCGUGCUGUGUGAGCUAUGCUGUGUGAGCUUUGCCCGCUGAGAUAAGUCUGGACUUAGCUCGGGUCAAAGUGCGUUCAGAGGGUUUUGCUGGGCUCGUGACGAGCUUAGUUCUACCUUAGCUGGAAGCUUGCUGAGCAGCAGCUUCAGCUGGCGUGCUAAAGCGUAGUCUCACUGCACUCAUCCUUCCAGCGCGGGCUUUCCGCUCGCUCCAGCUGGUCUGUGGGGCCUGCCUAUUGGGCUGGGCUGGUGACCGAACUCGCCCAUAGUUCGUUGCACCGAACUCGUCCAUAAUCUAUUCCGCGUUCGACUGUGACUGAAGUGAACAGCACGACCCCGAAGUCGCUAGCUCGUCGUGCGCACGUCAGGACCGAGCACCACGCUGUUCUCGACACCGGCUGGAAGAUGAAGUAUGCAGUACAGAAGCCCUCCUGGAGGCACGGAGAGGCCCGGAGGAAACUCCCAGUCCCGUUCAGCUGGCUCCGGUUUCUGCUGCUGCUGCUGUGCUCCUUGAUGCUGUUCCACCUGUUGGCGUUGCUGGUGUCGGCCUCCGGCGCCAGCUCCGGCGCCAGCUCCAGCGUGAGCUCCGGCGCCAGCUCCGGGGCCAGCCCCGGCGCCAGCUCCGGCGCCAGCUCCGGCACCGUUUACGUGGUGACGGCCACCUUCCCGCGGCCAGAGCAGGAGGCGGACCUGCUGCGGCUGGCGCAGACGCUCAUGCACGUGCCGUUUGUGCACUGGGUGGUCGUGGAGGACGCCAAGGUGAAGACGCAGACUGUGGUGGAGCUGCUGAGUAGGUGCGGCAUACGCUACGUCCACUUGCUGGGCAAGCUGCCGGAGGAGAUGCGGGCGCAGCCCCACUGGGGGCGCGUGCCUCGCGGGGUGUCGAACCGCAACACGGGCUUGCGCUGGGUGCGACAGCACGCCACCGACGGCGUGGUCUACUUUGCCGACGACGACAACACGUACGACAUCCGGUUGUUCCCCGAGCUGCAGCGCACGCGACGCGUGUCGGUUUUCCCAGUGGGCCUGGUGUCCCGGCAAGGCGUCAGUUCGCCAGUCGUCAAGGACGGCCGCGUGGUCGCCUUCUUCGACGGCUGGAUCGGCGGUCGCAAGUUCCCCAUGGACAUGGCUGGCUUCGCCGUCAGUGUGGACUGGCUGCGACAGAACCCUGAGGCGGAGAUGCCCUACAAGGCUGGGUACGAGGAGGAUGGGUUUCUGAAGGCUCUGAACAUUGGCAGGGAUGAGCUGGAACCCCUGGCUAACAACUGCUCGCAGAUUCUCGUGUGGCACACGCAGACUCAGAAGGUGGAGCCGUUUGAGCGGACAAACCUGGCUGACUUCGUCGACACCAACAUCGUAUACCUGACGAAACACCUGAUGCAGAAGACUAGGUGACGGACGCGGCCCCGGACCGAACGAGGGUGACGUCACACCUGCCGCCAUGUUGCUCCAGGCUAAACAAGGGUGACGUCACACCUGUCGCCAUGUACCUCCAGACCGAGAGCGAGUACAGUGUUCAUUUACCUAUGUCUUUACCUACACAGUGUUCUGCUAUUGGUUGUAACUGAUGGAAGUUGAGAAGGGCUCGUGAGCUGACAUGAUUUUAAGCUGUGGCGACUCGCGUGCUGAUGUGCUCACAUCGUUAGCGAACUUAAGGAGCCAGUGGCUAAUGUGCAGAAUAUCGGUUGAUACCUACUUGUUUGGCCCUGUUAUGGAGGUCAAAUUGUCGAACAUCGCAUUUGCGCCAAAUGCGUAUGCUCUUUGGCAAUGCACCAAUUGUUACUGGCAUUGUUACCUUUUUAGAAGCAUUGUUACGUUUUUCGAAGCAUUGUUGCGUUUUACAAGCAUGGUUGCGUUUUUAGAAGCAAUGUUGCAUUUUUAGUGUUACAGCACUUGCUCUUGUUAUGUCUGUGAAUGUUGGCCAAGUGGCACAUUUCUGUGAUCUACGAGUCUUAAGUCUGAACGAUAAAAUAUUAUUUCAAUCAUUGUCAUAAAUAGAUUUAGCAUUUCUCGGUAAAGGUAGAAUCAUUUGAUAUUUUGUCGAUAAGACAACGUUCCGAAGCAAACGAGAUGACAAUAAACUGAAACUGCACUGCAUA